GCAGCACGCCGCUGUGGUGCAGGGACACCGCUGCUUUGCUGGACUCACUGCUCACAUGCUCAUGCAUCAAAACACUGGCUGUGCAUUCGUGAAACCGCCCUGCCCUGCUACUCCAAACCCUCAGCACAGACUUAUCUUCUUUGCGAGGACACGGGCGCAAUUUUAAUCAUAAACCUGACCUCACAAAUCCGUUUUGUAGUUCUGUUAUGUGGGGCGUGCGUGCCACACAUACUACUAAUCCCUGGAUCCCCAGAGAAGGACCAUGAUUUCUGGGACGGUGUUGCCAGGGGGAAGGUGGCGGCUGGGACCUGUUGGAAAUGACAGCUGAAGAAGGCGGAUUGAAGCACAGGGAUCACAAUAACAGUGAACGUAGAAGAUAGCGAAGAAAACUCCCUCGCGUCACUGUGUAAAGGGGUUGUAAAGAUGGAGUCCCUGAUGAGUGCGGUGGCGCCGCGCUCCCCAGCCCCCGCCAAGAAGCUGUCAGAGGUGGACUUCCGGUCCGGGGCCACCCUGGAGCAGUUGUCAGCUCAGGUGUCCGAGCUGGUAGUACUGGAACAGGGAGAGUUUGGAGACCAGACCGCCUUAGAGGUCCACACCGCCAAGGACUUUAUCUUCAACAUGCUUGGUUUAGUCCAGAAGGUAGAUCAGCGCCUCCCGGUGGCCAAUGAAUACCUGCUGCUUUCAGGCGGGGCCAGGGAGGGCGUCUUGGACCUGAAUCCAGAGGACCUUGGCGACUACGCCAAAGGGGCCGACUUCGACCUGGACUUCACCCUGCUGGUACCCGCCCUCAAGCUCCACGACCGCAAUCAGCCCGUCACCCUGGACAUGAGGCACUCCCCGCCCUGUCACUCGUGGCUCAGCCUUCGCCUCUGCGACUCCAACGUCAUGUCUCGCUGGAGCAUCUGCUGCCAGGAGGAGAACGGACUUCAGACUGAGGAAGACGAGGAGGAAGAGGGAGAAAUAAGUAAAGGCUCUAUCCCCUCCCUGGACUCUCCUCAGUCUCUGGAUGGAUGCUACUUCUCUCCCUCCCUGGUGACAGACUGGUUCUGGGGGGUGGUGAGCGAGGCUGUGGAGGAGCUGAGGCGCAGCCCCCAAAGAGGCAUUCCCACCCCCGACAGACUGGAGAGGAACGGACCCCUCACCACGAUCAUCCUCCAGGCAGGAUCAAGCCGGGUGCUGUAUGACCUGCUGCCUGUGGUGUCGUUUCGGGGCUGGCCUGCUGUGGCCCAAGGCUGGCUGACCGCCAACCACUUUUGGGACGGUAAAAUCACAGAGGAGGAAGCUAUAUCAGGCUUCUAUCUGCUGCCCUGCUGCUCCCCGCUGGGCGGUCGGCCCGACAGAGAGUGGAGGCUGGCAUUCUCACGCAGCGAGGUUCAGUUGAAGAAGUGCAUCCCUUACCCCAUGGCUCAGGCUUUCCAAGCAGCCAAAGCCGUGUUGUCUCGUAUCCUGGCCCGCCCACGCACAGGCCUCAGCCUCUAUCACCUGCGUACCCUUCUCUUCUGGGCCUGCGACCGACUUCCUGCCGCAUAUCUCUCCUGCCCUGAAGCAGACACCCCAGGCCGCCUCCUUCUGGGUCUCCUGGAUGACCUGGCUCAUUGCAUCUUGGGUAAAAACUGCCCAAAUUACUUCCUGCCCCAGUGCAACAUGUUGGAGCACCUAACAGACAGCCAGGCGCUGCUCGUCGCCAGGAAGCUGGCCCAUGUGCGCUCGGACCCCAGCGAGCACCUCCGGGCGGCUCUGGACCAGGCGCAGCAAGCGGGCCAGCUGAAGAAGGAGCUCACAGCUAGCACCAACGGCCACGGCUCCCCCGGGCAUCACCCGGCCAACGGCAUCAUCUCCCCUUCGGAGGACAAGCUGGCGCAGCGGCUGCAGCAGCUGGUCACAGAGAACCCUGGGAAAUCCAUAUCGGUCUUCCUGAACCCAGAUGAUGUCACCAGGCCACAUUUCCGCAUCGAUGACAAGUUCUACUGAUGACGCAGAGAAGACGUGGUCUUUAUCUAACAAACACACUCUGAAAAUGCUCUGAGGCGUCACAUCAGAGGUUACGGAGACUCUAAACCAGGCGGGUGUUUUUCUCCAGAACCUACAGGCCUGAAACUGAACACACUGAGGCUGAACAAUUCAACAAAGCCUUGCUGCUUGACCGACUCUUGAAACCAAAAACACACAUGUCCUAACUACUGAAAAAUAUCCCAGACAUCGCACAAUGAUGUCACCGAGCUGUUGCCACGGAGACGGCCCUCUCCUAACGAGCUGGCCUUAACGAGACUCAUCAGCUGGUGCUACAAAGACAAGGGCCGGCUUUGGUCGUGUGAAUUAAAUCCAGUGGAGCUCGACACAGCGUGUGUGUGUGUGUGUGUGUAUGUGUGCAUAUGUACGCUUAAGGGUUUUCACACAUUACUUCUAAAGACGGAGGGAGAAAAGCUCCUUGAUUGCUGCAUUUCUCUCCAUUUUAUUUCAGAUCAGAGUGGGCGAUGGUUGAUUUAGAAAGGAAAAACAAGGUGUGGCUGAUGUAACUGAAUGUAAUGUUGUGAGGAGAACUGCCGAGGCUUUGAACAAAGAGUCUCUUUUCUCUGUCAACUACAUUUUAGCCCUCUGCUUUUGACCCCCAUGCCUCGAUUUAUGGUAUCCUUUUGAUUUAAAAAAAAAAAAAAAAGUCUUUCUCAGGUAUUCAUAAUACUUUAAUACUUCAUUAUACCUUUUUUAUGUAUAUGAUUCCUUUUUAGGUCUUAAACUACAUUUCAAUGCCGCUUACAUUUCAUUGGGUAAUGGAAUGUACCAAAGAGAAACGUACGUCUUAGAUAUCCCGAAAAGUCGAAUUUUGGUCCAACUUGAGUCACGGUCAGAAUGUUAAUUUACUUUUUCUAAAAGCCUUGUCACACCAACAUUUAAAAAAGCAAACUUUUCUUGCAAAAUCAGUCUCAUCCAAACACUGAUGUUUUAGGGUGUUACUGACUUUUUUUUUUUUUAACAGUGACAAAAAAAUUGUCAUUGUAUAUCAUUCAUCAUUAUAUCAUAUAAAACUCAGAGGGCAGUCUUCAGUAAUAACACUACAGCCCUGUCCAGUUGGUGGUGUGUGCUUAUUAAUUAGCUGCUGUUAAAUCUUUUCCUAAGUUUUCCUCUUUGCUAUAGCCGUGGCAUUGGUAGGUCAUAUCACUACAUACCACUGCAAAAUGUCAUGGCAGCUGAGCUGUCAAAAAUUAGGUUAAAAAUCCCAAUAACCCCGAUGGUGUUGAUAAAUGAGGUGGAAAAAAGUAGGGCUCGUAGUUUUACCUGAGCCUUGAGGAACAUCGACAGGGUUCAAAGGCAAGUUUACAUAAAGGCUGAGCUAGAAAUUAAAACAAAAGAUCUCAAAUCAUGAAAAUUUGGGGCUUUUCUUUUUCAUAUAUGAUAAUAAAUUGAAUAUAUUUUAGAUUUAAAUUGUUGGUUGGAUAAAAAAUGCAAUUUGAGGAUGUCCCUAUGGGCUCAAUGAUACUUUUAUUGCAAUAUCACCGUUGUUUGACAUCUUACCAACAAAAUAAUUGAUCUAUGAUGAAAUUAAGGUUAAUUUUUCUGUUUCACUUUCUGGUGUGACCAGGACUUUAGAAAAUGGUUAAGACAGAAAAGAAUGGGGAUGUUUAAUGUAUUAAACUAGUUGAUUAUAAAAUGUUUUUCUUGUAUUGUACUAAGAUGUAAGAGUUGUUACAUUAUUUGAGAAAUCCUUGAAGCUUCAAGUUCUUGAUUUUCCUACCUGAGCGUCCAUUUUGGCGUUUGUUGUUUGGAUUGUUGAGGUAGGCCCUUUAUAAGGGCUGUAGUAAAUAUAAUCAUUUGUAUGGAGAUAUGAGGUAUCAAAUAAGCAGGAGUCUGUAGAUCAAGUAAAAAUGGAUAGCAUUAAAGAAGACAGAAUAGCUGUAGAGUCAGGACUUCGGCUAUUUAUCCACCACAUUCACGACUAAGUCAAAGUGCUUAAUUGUCAAAGUGUCCCACAAAGGGCCCUGCACAUCAUGUUGCACAUCAUGUAAGCGUGUCCAUUAAGUUUUUUCGCUGCAGAGACCCAGUUUUGUGUGUCUCAUUUGAUUUUUUUCGGAAACUAGUUCUAACUUGAGUGAUUCCGAUAAUUGUCCCCCUGUCUCCUCUGCUUGGUUGGUCUUUUUUAAUGAGCUUUGUGUGUAUAUGUGUUCACCGAGAGACGAACCACACAGCAGGACACAGACAGACACCCCAGAUGCUGCCCGUUGAUUUAUACCCUCAAUGGGUGUGUGUUAGUCGCCGGGCCCUAUCGUUCCUCACCAGACUGAAGUCAUGCACAGGGGGAUGGAUGGACGGACGGAUGGAGGGAGGGAGACAGGCCCUUCUCUGGUCCUUUGAAGAGGAGAGAUGGGUCUUGCGGGGCCUGGACAAAUGCCUCUUUCCGUUGCAGUCUCUCUUUUUCAUUUUCUCUCACUCUUCCAGCUCUAAUGUCCCUUUUAGUUUUUCCUCCUCCAAUCCAGAUUCCUCAGAGGGUUGGCAUCUUUCUGUCCUUUAGUACUGGAGGUCAACAAAAUUCCCCUCAAACUUGGUACUGCUCCAACUUUAUGUUUACGCUCUUCACACUGUCUUUAUUAGGAGCUGUGCAGCCUGUAAACUGUGUAGUGGAAGUAACCAGAAAAGCAUUAAAGGGAUAGUUCAGAAUUUUUUUUAAGUUGGGUUGUAUGAGGUGCUUAUCCAUAGUCAGUUUAAUACAUACAGAAGUUA